AUGAGAUGCAGAGGAGAGGAGGAGAAUUCUCUCUCUCAUAACAGGAAAUUAGUGUGCGGUUUCAAUGCAGCCUGGAGUGCUUGGGAAAGCGAGAAGGAUUUUUCAAAAGCGUACAGCAGUAUGGCCAGCUAUGUGGAGCAUCCCGCUGCUGGUUACAGGAAGAUCUUUGAGACAGUGGAGGAGCUGAAUGAAGCAAUUCCAGCCAAGGUCACCGGCGUUCUGCCAACAUGGCUGGGCGGCAGUCUUCUCAGGAUGGGACCGGGUCUUUUCGAGGUCGGGGACCAACCGUUCCGCCAUCUGUUUGACGGACAGGCUCUCAUGCACAAGUUUGACCUGAAGAACGGUCGGGUGACCUACUGCAGAAAGUUUUUGAAAACAGACGCCUACGUCCGUGCCAUGACCGAGAACAGAGUGGUCAUCACGGAGUUUGGCACAGCGGUGUACCCUGACCCCUGCAAAAAUAUCUUCUCCAGAUUUUUCUCCUACUUCCGGGGCAUUGAGGUGACUGACAACUGCGUCGUGAACGUCUAUCCAGUUGGGGAGGAAUUCUACGCCGUCACGGAGACCAAUUACAUCACCAAGGUUGAUCCCGAGUCACUGGACACUUUAAAGAAGGUGGACCUGUGUAAGUACCUGUCGGUUAAUGGGGUAACAGCCCACCCCCACUUUGACGCAGAUGGUACAGUCUACAACAUUGGCAACUGCUUUGGCAAGAACCUGAGUCUCGCUUAUAACAUUGUGAGGAUCCCACCUGCUCAGAAAGACAAGUCGGACCCCCUUGAGAAAUCGCAGGUCAUCGUUCAGCUCCCAAGCAGUGAGAGGUUAAAACCCUCCUACAUUCACAGCUUUGGUUUGACCGCCAACUAUUUCGUGUUUGUGGAGCAGCCGGUGAAAAUCAACCUGCUCAAGUUUCUGUCGGCUUGGAGUGUCAGAGGAGCCACAUACAUGGACUGCUUUGAAUCCAAUGAGAGCAUGGGGACGUGGUUUCACCUGGCCACGAGGGACCCGGCGGCAUAUCUGAGCGGCCACAAGUUCCGAACUUCGGCUUUCAACAUUUUCCAUCACAUCAAUGCUUAUGAAGACCAGGGAUUUAUUGUCGUUGACCUCUGCGUGUGGAAAGGACAUGACUUUGUGUAUAACUACCUGUAUCUGGCCAACCUGAGGGGAGAGUGGGAUGAGGUGAAGAAAGCAGCCGCGAGAGCGCCUCAGCCCGAGGUCAGAAGAUACGUGCUGCCGCUGGAUCUGCACAGCGAGGAGCCAGGAAAGAACCUGAUUUCUCUGCCGUACACGACAGCAACCGCUGCCCUUCGUAGUGACGGAACCGUCUGGUUGGAACCUGAAGUCCUCUUUUCCAAACCAAGACAAGCCUUUGAGUUUCCGCAGAUCAACUACUCUCAAUGCCGUGGCAAGAAGUAUUCCUUCGCGUAUGGUCUUGGACUCAACCAUUUCAUCCCUGACAAGAUUGUCAAGUUAAACGUCCAGACCAAAGAGACGUUGGUGUGGAAGGAGGAUGAGUGUUAUCCAUCAGAGCCGCUAUUCGUACCAACACCGGGCGCUACUACGGAGGAUGACGGUGUGCUGCUGAGUAUUGUUGUCAAGCCAGGAGCAGAGAGGCCCGGCUUCUUGUUGGUGCUGGAUGCCGCCAAACUGACCGAGGUGGCCAGGGCAGAGGUUGACAGCAUCUUUCCGGUGACUUUUCAUGGCUUCUACAAGCCGUGAUCCUCACAUACAAGCAAGCCCAAAUAGUCAACGUGCGUUGCGGAGUCGCGACAAAAGGACGGUGGUUUUUCUUCACCAAGUACACAACACGGAUCUUGACGACCUGUGUCGUCUGUUGAUGUACUUUACUGAAAAGCAAGAAUACAGGAGUGAAGCAGCAUGUCUUGUCAACGCUCAAAGGGGCAGGCAACUUUCAACCGCACUAUACUCUAUUGAGUUUUAUAUUUACCAACACCUUCACAAUAUUAACAAACAAAAAUGUUUUGACUUUUUUUUUGUGGUAUAUGACACAUUUUUUUAUUUGUUGUCAUAAAAAUAUGAGGCUUUUAUAGGAUG